CUGACAGCAAGAGAGCGAAUUCUUCUGCUGUUGGACCCCGACAGUUUUGAUGAAUAUGACAUGUUUGUGGAACACAGAUGUUCUGACUUUGGGAUGGACUCUAAUAAGAAUAAGUAUCCUGGAGACAGUGUAGUGACUGGCCGUGGACGGAUUAAUGGGAGACUGGCUUAUGUUUUCAGUCAGGAUUUUACUGUGUUUGGAGGUAGUUUAUCUGGAGCUCAUGCCCAGAAGAUCUGCAAGGUCAUGGAUCAAGCCGCCAUGGUUGGAGCCCCCGUGAUUGGGCUGAAUGACUCUGGAGGAGCCCGUAUCCAGGAGGGAGUGGAGUCCUUGGCGGGAUAUGCAGAUAUAUUUUUGAGAAAUGUUCUGUGUUCUGGGGUAAUCCCACAGAUCUCCCUCAUUAUGGGUCCUUGUGCUGGUGGAGCUGUGUAUUCACCCGCUUUAACUGAUUUCACGUUCAUGGUGAAGGAUACAUCCUAUCUAUUCAUCACUGGCCCGGAUGUAGUUAAGUCUGUUACCAAUGAGGACGUCACCCAAGAGCAGCUGGGGGGUGCGAAGACGCACACCGCUGUGUCCGGAGUUGCGCACAGAGCCUUUGAGAAUGAUGUAGAUGCUUUACUUAAUCUCCGAGAGUUCUUUAAUUAUUUACCUCUUAGCAACCGUGACCCAGCGCCCGUCUGCGAAUGCCAUGAUCCCAGUGACCGUUUGGUUCCUGAGCUGGACACAAUUGUACCACUGGAAUCUACUAAAGCCUACGAUAUGCUGGAUAUCAUACACUCCGUUGUUGAUGAAAGGGAAUUCUUCGAGAUCAUGCCAUCCUACGCCAGAAACAUUGUUGUUGGAUUUGCCAGGAUGAACGGACGGACCGUUGGGAUAGUGGGCAACCAACCCAAAGUAGCAUCAGGGUGCUUGGACAUAAAUUCUUCUGUGAAAGGAGCCCGCUUUGUUCGCUUCUGUGAUGCUUUCAACAUACCUCUGAUAACUUUUGUGGAUGUUCCUGGAUUUUUGCCAGGUACAGCUCAGGAGUAUGGUGGGAUCAUACGUCACGGUGCAAAACUACUGUUUGCCUUUGCAGAAGCAACUGUGCCUAAAAUUACUGUCAUCACCAGAAAGGCCUAUGGGGGUGCCUACGAUGUGAUGAGCUCAAAGCAUUUACGAGGAGACGCAAAUUACGCCUGGCCGAGCGCGGAGGUGGCGGUGAUGGGUGCCAAGGGUGCCGUCCGGAUCAUUUUCAGAGGAAAAGAGGCAGAUGCGGAGGCUGAGUACGUGGAUAAGUUUGCAAACCCCUUUCCCGCAGCCGUGAGAGGGUUUGUUGACGAUAUCAUCCAACCUUCGAGCACCCGCAUGCGCAUCUGCCACGACCUAGAUGUGCUGGCCAGUAAAACACAGUCCAGCCCCUGGAAGAAACAUGCUAAUAUCCCACUGUGACUAUGAGGAGGG